GUGAAAGAUAGAAACCACAACUGAGAAUAUUUGCCAACAGACUACAGCAAGAGCACAGGAGAGAAAUAAGCCAAACAGAAAGACGGACUGACAGACAAGAGGGAGAGACAGAGAAAUAGACGGGUGAACAAGUAAAGACAGACUGCAGAGAGAGAGAGAGACAGGGAGAUCGCGAGGAAUAGGCAGGCGUUACAGAGGAAAGACAGAAAAUCGGAGCUAGAGAGAGAGUAAACAGAAAGAGGAAGACGGAGGGAGAUAGAUACAAACAGAGGGAGGCAGACACAGAAAGAGAGAGAGAGACAGACAGACAGACAGAUAGACACAGACAGAGAGACGGUGACAGACACAGAGAUGCGGUGAUAGACACAGGCACAGAGAGAUAGCGAGAGAGACAGACACACACAGAGAGUCAGUGAUAGACACACACAGAGAGAGAGAGAUACGGUGAUAGAGGGAGGGAAGGGAAAUUAUCAGUGGGGAUCAGCCAUGGCUGACAGUUUGAAUGCUGACCUGAGCUGCCCCAUCUGCAUCGAUUUCUUCAUCGAGCCGGUGAGUCUGGAGUGCGGCCACAAUUUCUGCAGGGACUGCAUCCUGAACGCCUGGGCACAGUCGGACCAUGCCAGCCGGAACUCCUGUCCCCAGUGCCGCCGGGAGUCCGGCUGGCUGGACAUCAGGAGUAACCGCCUGUUGGCGAGCAUCGUGGAGGGUUUCCAAAGGCUCUGGCACUCGGAGCCGGCCGCUCCAGAGCUGUCACUGAAGUGCCACCUCCACCAGCAGGACAUCGGCCUCUUCUGCUCGGACGACCUGCAGCUUAUCUGUCGGGCAUGUUGGAGAUCAGAGGAGCACAGGAACCAUGGCUGCACGGCUAUAAAAAACGCUUACAAAGUCUGCAAGGCGAAUUCGAUUCAACUGCUCCAGGACAAACUGAAGCAAUAUCGUGACACACACACAGCAACAGGACUGAAGAUCUCCGAAACCCUGGAACAUACCAACCGCCUGCAGGAUCAGAUUACAGCUGAGUUUGCGGAGCUGCAGCACUUCCUCCAGCAACGGGAGCAAGACCUGAUCCAGCGGCUGAGGGCCACAGCCGAGUCUGCUAUCAAUCAGCUUGUGGAAAACAUGGCACUGAUCUCGAAGCGAAGUGCCCUCGUUGAACAGGCACUUGAAGACAUACAGUCGAUGCAGGAGAAGACACAGCUUCUGAUGGAGAUCAAAGGCAUUCUUCAGAGAUGUGACUUGGAGACUAACCCUGCACUAAAGACUCCCAAACUGAAUCUAGGGGAGUUCAAUGGGCCUCUGCAGUACACAGUAUGGAAACAGAUGCUGAAUAUAAUCAGCCCAGCUCCUGCCCCUUUGACACUGGACUCGGAAUCAGCAAGCUUGGACCUUGUCCUAUCCAAAGACCACACAAUGGUGAAGGGCCGCUCAAAGCUGAAAGCAUUUCCUCACAAUCCCAAGCGGUUCAGUAAUUAUGGCUGUGUGUUGGCGCAGGAAGGGUUUACAUCAGGCAAGCACUACUGGGAGGUCAGUGUGGAGAGCAUCGAUGAGUGGAUCGUUGGUGCAGCCAAAGAGUCCAUUGACAGACACAGCACCAUUGAACUGACACCGUCAAAUGGGUUUUGGAUCUUGAGAAAGUGGAAUGGAAAUAUCUACGGCCCACACCAUGCAAAGGAAUCUGAGUGCCAUCAAAACAUGAACCUUCAGAAGGUUGGCAUCUGUGUAGACUAUGAGGGAGGACAGGUGUCCUUUUAUAAUGCCGAUGACAUGACUCACCUCUACACUUCCACUGACCGAUUCACAGAGAAGAUCUAUCCUUUCUUUCUGCCUUUCCUAGAGUCAGUGACCAAGGAAGUGCUGAAGGUCUUCCAUUUGAAACUGUAGCACAUUGAUAAAGAAAUGAUCUACUCUUCGGUGGACCCGACAUUCAUAGUCAGAUUUUCUGUCGAAUUAUUUUGUGAAUCAUUUUUCGUGUGCCAAGCAUUUCCAUUGAGAUACAAAGCUACGUUUUGUCUUACUGAUUAAACAUUGCUUCCGCAAACUAACAUGUAUCCCAAAUGCUGGCGGUGUGCUGCAGCUCACUCAGGGAGUCCGAGCUGCUGUGGCAACUUGCACUUUCACAUGUGCGCUGUAGCCUGGAGCUACGGAUGGUGAUGGUAGAGGCUCCAACGUCUUUCCAUCACAUGGCUGACCAGGAUUGCCUUCCACUCUUGCUGCCUGGUAUUGACAUGCUUUGGAAGGUUUUGCUGGUUGAUAAUCAACCUAUUUGGCCACACUAUGAACACACCUUCAUACCUUGCUUUUUAAAAUAUCUUUCACAGGAUGUGGGCAUCAUUGGCUAGUCCAGCAUUUAUGGUCCAUCCAUAAUUGCCCUUAUGAAUUAAUCAUCAAGUCUUUGGGUGGGACUCGAAACUGAAGUUUCAGGUUCAGAAGCUAGGACACUGCCCACUGCAGCACAACAGCUCCAUAUCUCAACAUUUUUUCAUUUAUUUACAAUAAAGACUAUUGAAAUUA